AUGCUGCUGGCAUCCCUCGUAUUUCUGUCUGGCCUGGCAGUGGCUCUGGCUGCUCCUCUGCAUAAGCGACAGUCGAGCAGCCCUGUCAUUGGUACCAACUUCCAAGACCCUGCAGUACUCCAAUUGGACGAUGGCACUUGGAUAGCAUACGCCGGGGUUAAUCAAAACCCUGCGAACAUCAACGUCCUCACGGCGACCUCGGCGGAUUUCGCAACGUGGGUUGUUCAUGAUGGCUACGAUGCAUUCCCGACUCUGCCAUCGUGGGCAGCCUCUCCUGGUCACGUUUGGGCUCCCGAUGUCGUUCAAUUGGCAAACGGCAAUUUUGUGCUAUACUACUCGGUCGCCACGGCAUCAAGUCCAGGACAGCAUUGUGUUGCAGCAGCCACUGCUUCCGGUCCACAGGGUCCAUUCACACCUGUUGGGUCCGCACCACUAUUCUGUGACCUGACCGCUGGAGGAGCAAUUGAUGCAGACGGCUUUCUCGAUCCUGUCACUCAACGACAGUACAUCGUCUACAAGGUCGAUGGCAACUCCAAAGGACAUGGAGGAGCGUGCUCCAACACGGUCGCUCCCAUUACACCGACACCACUCAUUCUUCAGGAAGUCAGUCCUACCGACGGAUACACUUUCACUGGCGACCCAGUGACCAUUUUGGAGAAUGAUGACAGUGAUGGACCCAACAUUGAGGCUCCAGCAUUGACCUACGACUCUUCCUCGGGACUAUAUGUUCUACUCUAUAGCUCAGAAUGCUUUGUCACUACUGCAUACAACAUUCGCUAUGCAACGAGCACAAGCAUUACCGGUCCCUACAAAAAAGCGGCUGACUCAUUCUUGGACACUGGUGCCACGGCAGCCGACGUAUACAUCCCGGGAGGGUUUGAUGUUACCAAGGACGGCAAAUAUGCGGUCUUCCACGGAGAUACGAACAUGGGCUGGUUCCAAGGUGAUGGCAGCAAGCGAGUCCGAGCCAUGUAUGCUAUUGCACUUUCGCUCAACACUGGCAACCCUGCUGUUUCAAAGAUGUAUUGA